UUUGAAGCGUAACAUUAGCUGAGCAUAACACGUGACACUUCAUUUCUAUUUAUUCUGGUGACGUUUCUGCUUAAGUAAUUGCAAAACUUGUUGUAGGCCCCCUCUUGAAAACGUCCAGGUUUCCAUGAGAGCCAAAACUGUUAAGAGGCCAAGGCCGGUAAAAUUCACAUAAAAAAAUGAAAAUAAAUGUUGCAUAACUUCCUCUCUCCCCCAUGAAUCAAACAAUGGUUAUUGGUGUAUCCGGGAACAAUGACUGUGCAGCCACCAUCGGUCACACUGGUCACAAAACAUUUUCGCCUCGUGGCUCCAAAAAAAAAAGUCAGCUACUUUUGAUGAAAAUAUCUGUGUCCGCAUGAUUAACUGCUGAUUAGUUUUAACAACUGUCAAAGGCCCCAUGUCAUGACACGCUUAGAGUUACCAAGCAAAUAACAUCAGUAUUUUUGCUCAUCCUUGUACUGGCACUUUUACUUAUACGCAAUUUAGUAUCACUAGGUGGUUUAAAUUACAAAAGCUGAAUUGAAUGUUAAUUUUGUGUCAAAUCUAAAUCGGUAAAUAUAUCUCAACUAUUGAUGUCAUUGAUUUUAAUUUUUGUACCUCAAAUAGGUAUCUACAGUACUUGAUUCAAUUCAUGACUCACACAAAAGCUCAGUUAUGAAUAUUUUUAAGUCCUGCUCAUAUUUACUGUCCUGUAUUUGGAUUAUUUAUUCUUACAUGCAUAGAUGAUGAUAUUGUGUUAUUAUUUUAAUAACAUAGUAACAAUGUGAUUGAAAAAAACUGGUAAAUAGUAAACACCUCCCAGAUUGGACUGUCGACCUGCGGCUGACAUGGUGUGGUCCACUAUGUGACUGAUUACUCAUUAGAGACAACCUUCAGCCCCAUAAACCCAUAAAACACAAACUACGUCUUGCAGUAUCCCUCCCUCAACAGGAAGAUUUGGUCUCAUUUUUUUUUUUACCAAGAACGCAGGCUUGUGGAGGUGAAAUUAGAGUAAAUGAUGUUUUAAAGUCUUCCUGCUUUCCGAUGGUACAGCAUGUGACAUGGCCACCAAUGAGCUGUCAGCAAUGGACAGCUGCUCUGCACCACAGUUGAAGAUCAUCCUCCUCGGUGGCCGAAACUGUGGGAAGAGCUCCUUGGGGAACCUAAUCCUGGGCAAAGAGGAGUUUGUCACCCAAGAGAGGACCUCCUGCUGCAGGCGCCUGGGUGUGGUGGCCGGACGCUGGGUCACCGUGGUGGACACUCCCGGCUGGUGGUGCGACUUCGGCUCUCGGGACACACCCGAGCUGGUGAAGAGGGAGAUCGCAAGCGGCGUCUCCCUGUGCGCCCCGGGGCCGCACGCCUUUCUCCUCACCGUCAAGGCCAGCUCGGCCUUCUCGGAGAAGCGCCGCCGGGCCGUGGAGGAGCACGUGGCCCUGCUGGGGGAGAGGGCGUGGAGUCACUGCGUGCUGGUCCUCGUCUCCGCCGACCGGAGCUCCGCACGCGCCGGAGCCGAAGAGCUCGCACGCAGCGGGGGGGAGGCGCUCCGCUGGCUCAUCGGGAAGUGCGGUCAGAGGUGCCGCCGCGUGGUGGUCUCGGGGGACGUCGGCGCGGUCGGCGGGCUGCUGGAGGAGAUCCAGGAACUCGUCACGCGCAAUGGAAACGCGGUGUUCGAGUUGCGGGAGAGCGUUGCUCGCGCGACCGCCGAGGAGAAGAGGAGGGUGGAGGAGAGGGCUCGCGGGAGGUCCUUGAGGGUGAAGAAGCAAAGAUCUCUCAUGAGAGAGAGUUUGCGGCCUGUGAGCUCCAUCCGGAUUGUGCUGGUGGGAGCGAAGGGUUCUGGGAAAAGCUCCACCAUGAGCACAAUCCUGAGCACAGAGAGCGGCCAGCCAGUGAGCAGAACGGCCCGGUGUGUGGUGGGGACGGGCCUGGUGUUCGGGAGACAGGUGACCGUGGUGGACACGCCGGGGAACUACUUCUGUGCCGAGAGUCCCGUCUUCGACCGGAGGGAGCUGGCGCUCGGCGCGUCUCUCUGCCCUCCGGGGCCCAACGCCGUCCUGCUGGUGAUCCGCGUGGACCGAGCCUUCUCCGAAACCCACGCGAGGGCAGCGGAGGAGCACCUGCGGCUGGUCGGCGGCGAGCGCGCGUGGAGACGCGCCAUCGUGCUGAUGAGCUGCGGGGACUGGCUGGCGGGCACGACCCCCGAGCACUGCGUCGAGAGCGAGGGAGGGCCCCUGCGGCGGCUCGUGGAACGAUGCGGCAACAGGUACCACGUCCUGAACAACAAAACCAGGGACGAUGGCUAUCAAGUCCGAGUGCUGAUCGGGAAGAUCGAGGAGAUGUUGGCCAGCUGUAGCGGGUGCCAGCAUAUCGAAGUGGAGAGGCCAGUGGUGCAACAGCUGCAGGGGGAGAGGAGAAGAGAGGAGGUGCGAGCCACGGAGAGGCUGGCGAGGAGGGAGAGGCAAAGGCAGAUGGCGAGGUCUCAGCUGGCAAAGCUCAACGCCAGCACCGAACUGAGAAUGGUGCUCAUCGGCGGCCGGAAAACCGGUAAGAGCUCGUGUGGGGACUCCAUCCUCAACAGCGAGUGCUCCCACGGGCAAAAACAAACCACUUCCUGCUGGGAAAAGCGAGCCACGGUCGGCGGCAAGACGGUGGUGGUGGUGGACACGCCGGCCCGCUUCACCGCGACCUCUGACCUCCUCCGCCUGCCGUCCUGCGCCGUCCUCGCGGUGGUCAACGUGAGCUCCUCAUUUGACGCCGACCGCUUGGAGGCCAUGGAGAAACAGCUGGAGGCCGGGGGAGCCCAGAUGUGGCGCAGAGCCGCCGUGCUGUUCAGCCACGGCGACUGGCUGGGCGACACGAGCAUCGAGCAGCGCAUCGAGAGCGAAGGAGAGCCGCUGCGGAGGCUGGUGGAGAGGUGCGGGAACAGGUACCACGUGUUUGAUAACAAGCACCGGGGCGACGGGACGCAGGUCAACGAGCUCAUCGCCCUGCUCGAGGAGACGCUGGUUGAAGACGCGCCGGCUGUUCUCCCCAGAAGGGAUCACCUGAGGGAGCGGGACACUUUACCAGGCGUGACCCCGCGUGACAAGGAUAGAAAGAGGAUCACGAGCUGCAGACAACAGGGGUCCCGUGAGCUGAUUGAAUCCGCCAAUCCCACCACUCAAACACCUCGCGGCUGCUCUGGAGGCCCCCAUGGCGGCGCUCAGAUAGUGGCCCUACCCGCAGCGAGUCCAGCAUGGACUAGACUGGACGUCCUGGUGGGGGACGGUCUACCCUCCGUGCUCUGUGGGGGGGCGGCGCCGAGGUGGACCGUGAAUCUGCCCGGAUGGCUCCCGAACGAUGUUCUUCACCUGCGAGUGGGCGGCGCACGGCGUCCGCUCUCAUCCGCACGGCCAACGAUGCUGCCGGUUGCACCUCGAACGCAACGCGGGACGCUAGCGGAGGAAAAUGGCAUCAGCGUGCACUCGCUUCGCCGUCCUGCGUCGAGGGAGCGGACUCUCGUGAGGCUCAGCGGGAGCGGAGGUCUGCGCGCACUGAUCGACCAAUGGGACGACAGCAACCUGGAGGAGCUGGAAGCCUUCAUUGACUCGUACUUUGAGAUGAUUUGGGAGAAAACUAUGGGGUCAUUGGAGGAUCCUGUCUGUCCCACCCUAGAGGAGGAGGAGGAGGAGGUGCUCUCAUUGAUCAACAGGGAACUGUCAAAUCUGGAGCUCCUCGAGGAGAUCAGGAGGGAUGUGGCCGAGCUGAGGACAAGUCUGGAGAACAGCUGGAGGGCCAUACAGGAUCUCAGAGAAAGAAGUAAACAGGACGGCGAUCAAGUUGAUACAAAUAUGGAGUAAAGUGUUCUUGUUCUAAAGUGUAAUAAUGUGUUUGUCGGACUAUGAAGUAAAAAUUUGAAGCUACAUUUUUGUCAUGACGAACAUGAUGAUGUUAUAUUUAUCCACAAGAGGGAGCUGUUGCACAGGGGUUGGUUGCUAUGUGGCAUCAGCUGCAGAGACGUAAAAUAUUCUGUAGCGAUGAAAGAAGUACUCAAAUCCUUUUGGGCCAUUUUUGGGUUUCUAAUAGAAUCUUUUUUCAUUGGCUGAGUUAAUGCACAUGUCAUAAUUGUGUGCCCGAAAUACAGACACUUGGACCCUUAAGGGCAAAAGAAUUUCCCCAUUAAAGCCAAAAUGUUUGAUCAGCCGGCGAUGACGUUAUCCAAUCUUUCAAUCUAUAUCGCUUUCAAGCCCUAUCCUUAAAGUUGUACUCUUUAGUACAGAGCUAUUUCAUCAUGUUUGACCUUUGGGGCAAAAACAUGAUGAUUGCUAUGGUUCUCUGCAGAAGAAAAUACAUUUCAUCAAAACUAUUUUGUUGCUAGGCAUUGACAUAUUCCAGAAUGUAAAAUAAAUUACAACUAAAAAUGUACCCCAGCUGUGAGUAUACAGGAAGUAACAAUAAAUUCUAUUUUU